AUGCACGGGCGAGAUUCCUAUGAAGAAAGGCUUGCCAAAUAUGUGAAUAAUGGGAAGAAACAUAUUUUUUCUCGCAAGAUUUUGGAAGGGGAUCUUGUCGUAGUAAAGAGGGUGUCUGCUGAACGGCAAGAGGAAUAUCUUGCAGCUAUUGAGGUGAGAGAAAUGCCGACAGUGAAUCAUUGGAGGGACAUCUUAAGAGGUUACCACUUGGAUAACAAUGCCCCGCCACCUUGGUUGCAACAGAAGCGGAAAAAUAAUCCAAAUGAUGUUGCUGCAAGUUCCUCUUCCAAUCCCCGGCCACUUAUAAGCGUGACAGUAUCAGGCACACGUUUAAAUGCAAGGAAGGAGGGUACUGACAUUUUGGUUGAUAGGAACUCAGAGGAACCUAGUCCAAAUGCAACAAUCUCUUCCGGUGGGGAGGAAAGACCUGCUGUAAAAAGGAAGAUUGAAAUUUCUCUUGGAGAAAGCCCAUGUAAUCUUGACGAGUUGGUUGAUUUUAUGCAUGAACUUGAUGAUACACGGACUGAUGAUAAUGUCAUAGGUUCUGAUCUAUCGUUUGAGGAUUUUGAUAUAUCAGAACCCUCUCUUAAUCUUCCAACUCCCCCUACAUAUCUAUACUCAGGCGUGGCCUCGCAGGCUGAUAUUUCAAACAUUUCGCCUAUCUCUACGCACGGUGAUACGGAAGGAGCUUCUAAUCUCGUCAGUGGCGAGGGAAUAAUGACACAGAUUUCAGCGCCAUCCAUGGAUAUUUCCGCUAUUACCAAGCCAGUUCUGGAUGCUAUCGAUUUGUUGCUGCAGAAUGCUUUUGAAGCUUUAGAUGCCCCUACAUUAACAGAUUCUCAGCGCCAUGAGAUUUUCCAGGCAGUUCGGUCGAUGCUCCCGAUUGGUGAUAUUGUUCCUCAAAUUGCCCCUGUCCGCGCGGCUUGGGAAAAAUUUGUCUCGAUCUCAGAUACAGUGCAAGAAGCCCGCAGAACCAUUGAGGGUCAGUCAAAGCAAAAGUCUGAAUUUGUUACUGCAGCAGAGAGGAGGGCUGAAUCCAUUGAAGCGUCUCUGAAAACUUCAGUGGAAGAGAUGUCAUCCAUGCUGGAGAAACAAGCUGAGAAGAAGGAACGUGUGGAGGCCCUCUUCGCUCAACUACAAGAAGCUACCGUUGAGUUGUGUACAGCUGAAGAAAGGGUCAAGCAACUGGAGUCAGACCGUUCCGCCAAGCAAGCUGAAGCCAAGAAGUUGCAUGAAGAUUUGCUCGAAGCUAAUGUGAAAGCUUCCGAGGAAUUGGAGGCUCUUAAAGGGAAGACAUCGACGCUGGAGGACGAAGCCAAGUCUAUUAUGAGAAGUCUGAAGGAGUGGCGCUCCAUGUCCAAUUGA